AUGACCAACGAGAACAGCACAGCAACAGAACCAACAUCACUGGCAGCAGAAAAACCUACAACCAAUGGGGAGGAAACUCGCCCAGAAGAAGAGCAGAAGGACGAGAGUAACGAACUGAUUCAGUCGAACAAAUACCUCGACGGACUCAUCUACCCCCCGCCGGAAAUCAGAAGUAUCGUCGAUAAGACCGCCGCGUUCAUUGCAAAAAAUCAGAACCCUAAACUGUUCGAAGAUAAAAUUAGACAGCGAGAGAAAACAGAUUCCAGAUUCUCAUUCCUGAAUCCAGAGGACGCCUACAAUCCAUACUACCAACAUCGGAUCGAAAUCAUCAAGAAUGGGGGCGACCCGAGCCAACCAGCAAGCUCAUCCAAGACCAAUCCGGCCAAUCCGGCCACCGGGCCACCCAAGCCAGAAGAUGCCGACAGACCACCCGAACCGGUGGCCUUAGACUUCUUGAUCGAGUCCAGUCAGAUGCCCAAAAUCAAUACCGUCGAUCUCGAUAUCAUCAAACUCACUGCCCUCUUCACCGCCCGACUCGGUCGCAAAUUCGUCUCCGAUCUCAGCCAACGAGAAUCGCGUAACUACCAAUUCGACUUCCUCAGACCAUCCCACUCCCUCUUCGCCUUCUUCAACAGGCUCGUCGAACAAUAUACUAGCAUCCUCAUCCCACAACCCGAGAUGAUAUCACGCUUGGAGAAAUUGGCCGGUGGUCCACCCAUCGACCGCAAACGACUGGAUCUCGAGACCAUCAACCAAACUCAGAAGAAGCAUACGAUCAUCGGUAGACGGGCAGUGAUGGCCGAAAUCGAGACCCGGAUCAACUGGGAGAAAUACCAAGGCUUGCAGUUACAGAAGCGGACGAGUGAGGAGGAGAAGGAGAAGAAGGAGUUUAAUGAGAUCGACUGGGAAGAUUUCAUCGUCGUCAGUACGGUCGAGUUCACAGAGAAUGACGAGGUCAUCGAUCUACCCCCGCCGAUGAGUAUCAGCGAGGUCGAAAACAUGACGAUCGCGCAGAAGAAGAUGGCUGCGAUGGUGAUGGAGGGUAAAGAUGUCAGCUCACUAACAGAAGAGCAACUGGCCCUGGAGGAAUCCGCCGAUGAUCUGGAAGCCAAUCAACUACUCGAAGACGCCAAGCGCUUGGCAGAGGAAGCCAAAGCACAGGCCGCCCACCAAGCAAAAGCCGACGGAACGAAGGAUGGCGAGGACGAGGAAACUAAAGCAGCCGAGAGCCACAAGCAGACUGCCGAGAUCAAAAAACUGAACCCCACGGGAAUGAAGAUCCGCAAAGACUACGUACCCAAGGGCAAACAAGCUUCCGCCCAGCAGAACGGAACUGCCGGCGGUAAGCUGAUCACCACCCUCUGUCAGAUCUGUGGUCAACAGAUCAAUGUCAACGAGAUCUCCGAGCACGUCCGAAUCGAACUCCUGGAUCCAAGAUGGAAGGAGAAGAAGCAAAAGACUGAACUGAACCGAAGCUCUUCGAACAUGUUAACGCUCGGCUCGGACGUCUCAUCCUCACUCAGAGACUUGGCCAAAUCCCGACUGGAUAUCUUUGAGGAGAACGUGACGGAAGAAGAGAAACAGAGACGAGAGGCAGAACAGAAGAAGCUGAAACAACUGGCCAAGGAGAAGUAUACCUGGGACGGUCAUCUCAACACCGGCGAGAGAGUUACGAAUAUCUACCAGACUGGGGCCAACCUGGACGAGCAAAUCCAAGCUCUCCAUCGAUCGAAAGGUUUGACGGGAGAGUCCAUGCACUCUGGGCCACAGAUCGGUCCCUUGGCCGGUGCGAUGCCGCCUCAGCCAACGCCAGCUCAACCCAACCCCGCCCUGCUACAACAACAACGCGCCUUGCAACUCCAGCAACAGCAGAUCGACCAGCACAUCCUCAACAUCACCAGUGGACUGACCGGCUCUGGUGCACCGAUCCCGCCCACCUCGAUCCAUCAACAACCUUCGUUUGCAGGUGGAGCCACACUCUCGGCUGCCCCUCAGCCCGUUUCGUCUCGCCCAGCCCCCAUGAUCGAUCCGGGGAGAGCGGCGAUGAUGAGCGGCUCGAUGCACGCUGACGCCCCUCCGCCGGGUAUGAUGCCCCCCAACGGACUCGGCCUUCCCUUGGAGGGCACGCCUCCGAUCACGGUUACCCCGGCGACUGGGCCUGUCGAGGAUGGUGGGGCGGCCAGCUUCCCGGUUUCUGCGGGACUGCCUGGCCGGCCGAAUGUGCCGGACUUCGGCGCUGGCAUGCCCGGUCCACAGCAGACGGGUGUCCAGCCGGGGGGAGGAGGGGUGAGUCCGGCGGCAUUGACGCCGAUGGCCGCCCAACUGGCGAUCGACAACAUCACCAAUCAAGUCAGUGGAGGAGGAGCCGGCGGCUUGUCUCGGCCGGCCGACGACGACGGGCCCGAGGGCCAGCCCGGGGCCAAGAAGCUCAAGCUCAGCCCGGUCCCUGGAGAGGACAUCUCCCUCGUUAUGCCCCCUGCUCCUGUCAGCCUGCCCCCACAGCCGGUCGUCCCUCAACUGUUCACUGAGGAGCAGUGGAUCGAAAUGCACCCCGAGCCGAUCUCUCUGCUCAUCAAACUCCCGGAGUAUCCCGAUAAACCCGAGUGGGGAUGCGACGGCAGCGAGCUCGUCUUGGAGGAACUCCCCAUCACCCUCUUGGUCGGCGUGCUACGUGAUAAACUCUCACACUUGAAAGGGAUUCCAGUCGGGAGACAGCAGAUUAAACUGGCCAACAAGAUCUUGCCCAACCAGGUCACUCUGGCUUCCUUGAACUUCAAGAACGGAGAUAAAUUGAACUUGGCUAUCAAGGAACAACGCAAAAAAUAA